AAAAAUAAAAAUAAAAAUUGAAUAUAUUACUUUCACAUCAUCAACCAACAAGUAAAAUCUGAGAGUUAUGGAGAAAAUCCUGAAAUAUUUCUCUGAAUACAAGUAGAUAUCUCCACAAUCAUGAACUAGAAAACACUUUUGUCUACAUAAUCAUCUUGUUAGUAGGAAAAUUAUUCUAAUUUUUUUGAAAAGAAUUUGUAGCAUACAUUUGUAAAUCAAGAAAAUGGGCAGCAGCGAGCCUCAUUACAAGUCUAAGAUCACACCCUAUGUGUUUGCAUGCUGGAUUCUGGCUGCCUUCGGCGGCCUCAUGUUCGGCUACGAUAUUGGAAUUUCGGGUGGAGUGACGGCCAUGGAUGAUUUCUUGAUGAAGUUUUUCCCCCAUGUUCAUGAGAGGAAGUUGCAUGCUCAAGAGGAUAAUUAUUGCAAAUACGACGACGAACUGCUGCAGCUUUUCACCUCUUCUUUGUACUUGGCAGCCCUCAUCGCGAGUUUCUUCGCGUCGAGGGCGUGCACCAAGUUGGGGCGCAAACCCACUAUCACCAUGGCGUCCAGCUUCUUCGUCACAGGAGCCCUCCUGUGCGGGGCUGCGGAGAAGAAGUGGAUGAUCAUCGUGGGGAGGAUCCUCUUUGGGAUCGGCGUCGGCUUCGGAAAUGAAGCCGUUCCUCUGUUCUUGACGGAGAUCGCCCCCCAGCAACAUCGGGGGGCCAUAAACAUCCUUUUCCAACUCUUCGUGACGAUAGGAAUCUUCAUCGCGAACCUGAUCAACUAUGCGACCGCGAUAAUCCACCCCAGCGGGUGGCGCGUGUCGUUAGGUCUGGCGGCGGUGCCGGGCCUAGUCCUCUUCGUGGGAUCCCUAAUAAUCAUGGAGACACCGCCGAGUCUUGUGGAAAGGGGGAAGAAGGAGGAAGGGAAAGAAGCGCUGAGGAUCAUCCGCGGCGUGGACGACGUGGAGGCGGAGUUCAACCAGAUAUUGGCGGCGUCGGAGCAAGCGAAGCAGGUGAAGCAUCGGUUCAGGCGGCUGUUCAAGCAGUCGAGCUUCCCGCCGUUGUUCGUGGGCACCAUAAUACAAGUGUUCCAACAGUUCACCGGCAUCAACGCCAUCAUGUUCUACGCCCCUGUCCUCUUCCAGACCAUGGGCUUCAGGAGCGACGCCUCCUUGCUCUCCUCCGUCAUCACCGGCCUCGUCAACGUUGGAGCCACCUUCGUCUCCAUCUACGCCGUCGACAAGGUCGGGAGGCGGAAGCUGCUGCUGCAAGCCUCGUGCCAGAUGUUCGUAUCCCAGAUGGCCAUUGGGGUCAUAUUAUCCACCCACCUCCAGGCGACGGGGACACUGAGCAGAGGGCUGGCGGUGGUGGUGGUGAUCCUGGUGUGCACGUUCGUGAUGUCGUUCGCGUGGUCGUGGGGGCCGAUGGGGUGGCUGAUCCCGAGCGAGAUCUUCCCGAUGGAGACGAGGGCGGUGGGGUUCGCGUUCGCGGUGAGCACGAACAUGAUAUUUACGUUCGUGAUCGCGCAGGCGUUCCUGUCGAUGCUGUGCCACAUGAGGGCACACAUAUUCUACUUCUUCUCGGCGUGGAUUCUGGCGAUGGGCGUCUUCGUCCUCUUCCUCUUGCCGGAGACGAAAGGGGUUCCGAUCGACCAGGUCGAGGAGAGGCUAUGGAAGAGGCACCCAGUUUGGAGCAAGUUCUACAAAGAAGAAGGCAGUGAGUAUGGCAUGGCCUAGCUGCUACCUCUUCUUCUUCAUCACAAUUUCAAAAUGCAUCAUUUUCUUUUCUAUUUUCAUUUCCAUUUCCAUUUGUUGGAUCUUGCUAGAUUGUGAUUCCACCAUCGUAUCUCACUUCUCAAAAUGCA